AUGUGUCGCUUAUGGCUAGUUAACAACCGCACACUCACACUUAAAGCCAAAGUCAAAGCCAUCCGUGAAAAUUGGAACUUAAAGUUUAGUGCGACAUACGUUUUGUGUUUGUUAGCCGAUUCAGGAGUGAAGCCACAUGAGACAGUUGGGGCUUCGGUGGCAGUACUGGCUACUGACAAACUCAACUCACUUCCAACCAACCUACUCAUCGUACAAGAUACAGAACCGAAACCAGGAAUCGAGGAAAAUCUACACAUAUGUGUGAAGCCGUUCCACUUCUCGUUCAACCGCUUCGAUUGGCUGGUGGAGUGGUUUGAAAUGAACCGGCUACUAGGCGCUAGUCACUUCUACAUGUACAAUCAGUCACUCAGUUCUUCCGUCGAAUGCCUGCUCGAAGAUUAUCGCAAGAAAGGUCUCAUCACGUUGCUGUCUUGGCAACUUCCUAUAUUAUCAAAGGUGGAAAUCAGAACAGAAGGCCAGUUCGCGGCGUUCAACGACUGCCUAUACAGGUCGAUGUCCCGCACUGGUUGGCUGCUUGUGAUAGAUGUGGAUGAAGUAGUGUUCCCGCGGAGGGAGCGCACGUUACCUGCCUUAUUGACGUCUCUAAGAGCGUCAUAUCAACCGCGCUCCAAAGCGCCAUCUGCAUUCUUAUUCCGGAAUGCCUUCUUCUAUCUUCUAUGGGAGGAUGACUCUGAGGUUAAUUCGCCUUUACUAAUGUUCCGUAAGACGAGGCGGUGGAGUACACCACACUCGUUGAAGAACCGCAGCAAGUACGCGCUAAGGCCGCGUGAUGCUGUGGAGCUUGGCAACCACUUCGUGUGGGAGCUCGCGCCUGGUGCCAGCUCCGUCGGUGUCAACACCGACAGGGCACUGCUACACCAUUAUCGGAUGAACUGUGAGUUUGGUGGCGUAGUCUGCAUACAAGUUCCUUCAACAAUAGACAGGACAGCGCAUCGGUGGAAAGACGAGUUACUGGAGCGUGUGACCACCCAACGCAAGAAGUUAGAAGCCGCGGGCUGCGUCCAAAAAGUAGUAGGACAAUAA